AUACUGACGGAUAGUGCGAUUGUUGAAAAAGGAGUAAUCCCAGCUUUGUUUGUUGUUAAAUACUUUACAUAAACAUUAGAACAUGACUUCUCUUUUAUUACUUAAAUCUAUGCUGUUUGCAAAUGCUCUUCAAAAGACUGGUAAAAAGAAGAAGAAGAACAAAAUCAAGAAAGUUCGUAAAGUAAAGAACUUACGCUUAAAUAUGUGCAGAAUAUGCAAUAACGAAAAAGGAGACAUACCAAUAUUCAACAAUUUUGUACAACCCAAUAUUCCUGAAGAAAUACAUAACUUUUCUGGUAUUACAUUAAACAAUUCAGACAACCUUUCAAAACAUAUGUGCCAGAGCUGCUUAGACUUGUUAAAUGGCUGUAUAAUGUUCAGAGAAAUGUGUCAAAGGAAUAACAAACUGCUCAAUGAUGUUGGAGUAUCUAUAAAAAAAGAACAAAAUCAGGAGUGCCAGAAUGAUGAUAAAGUGACCAAUGAUGCUAAAGCAGACAGUGAGGACUCCUAUAACAUUCCAUCACCCACAUUCUCUGAUGACAAUGAACUGUUCCCUAUGUGGGGAUGCUCCACGUGUGGAGAGGAGUUCCAUGCUAUGAGUUCAUACACCAAACAUAUAGCAAAGUGCAAUGCACAAUCAACAGAAGUGCCAACAAAACCUCCCGAGGAAAAGAGGAAAUUCCUUUGUGAUAUCUGUGGCAAGACUGCUUACUCCAAUGCCAGCCUCCUUGUUCAUAUGGCCAUCCACGAAAAUGUGUUCCCAUUCAAAUGUGACGUUUGUCCAUAUCAAGGCAGAACAAUGGAUCUGCUAAAAGUGCACAAGAGAUCUCAUUUAGCAGACAAACCAUACAAAUGUACACAAUGUCCUAAGUCAACAACAACAUCCAGUAACCUUGCUAAACACAUGCGACACGUUCAUAGCACUACAAGACCAUUUAAGUGUACAUAUUGUGACAAGGCAUUCUCAUACCAGCAUGAUAUGAAAAGGCACGUAAAAGAUAUACACUUACGACAAGGAACUGUGGAAUGUGAUAUCUGCUAUAAGAAAUUCAAUACAAGAAAAAUAUUACAAGGCCACAGAUGGAAAAUUCACAAAAUUAAAGGCGAAAGGCAAGGUCGGCUACCUUCGUACUUACAGUGCCAAAUGGAAGAACCUAAUAACGAGAACAAUGUUAAUGAAAAUAUGAACAAUUGUGUUCCCAACUACUAAUGUACUAUUGCCUAGUCUAUCGAUUCAUCAUUCAGACUAUAGACAAGUAUGAGUCAGAGUUAAAAUCUCUUUUUGCAGUCUUGAGUCUAGACUUUUUUAGAUAGAAGUCAUUUUUAGAUUCUAGACUCUAGAGAGAAGAAGAAGCCAAGUACAGAGAAAUCUAACACUUGUAUAAUGUCAUAACCUUAUAUGUUUUUAAACACUCAAAACAACAUUUAACGCGAGAGGGUAAUAUAAUUUGAAGUACUUAUACGUACAUCUUGGAUAUAACUUGAUUACUGUGCUCGAUUGAAUAACAUAAUAAGUGACGCCCAUUUUUGUAACAGCCGCUAUUAAUAUGAAUUAUUUCAUAUGCCUUUCAUAAUAAACAAAAUUGUAUUUUAAAAGUAAACAAAAGAAAUUGUUGUGUGCAUUUCUAGAGCUACAAAUGCUUUAGAUCUCUACAUAAAUAUGUUUUUGCGAUUGUCGAUAAUUUUGGAAUAGAAAUUAGAUAAAACAAAGGCUAUGUAGACUUUACCAACAGAAAAAAAUACUCUUUACUAAAAGCAGGUUAGAUGAAAAUCUGUAUUUUUGCACUCAUGCAGACAAUUAAAAUUUAGAUAUCGAAAUCGUGUGAGACUAGAGCAACACUUUCUUAAUAUAUGAAACUUUAUUUUAUAAUAGCUUGUAGUACUUAAUUUAUCGAUUGGAAGUAUUAUUUUAUAGUCAAAUAAUUUUGUAAACAUAGACGAUUUUAUAUAUUUGAACAUUAUUCAAUUGAAGUUAAAGAUUAUUUAUACAGUGAGUACAUAGCAUAAGGUUGCAGAAUAUAGAAACAUAAGCUGGUUAAUGUUAAUCAUUAUUAUUUAUGAUAUACUUUAUGUAUCUUCUUUUUACAAAUACAUAAUAAUGAUCGCAAUUUUAAUUUA